AUGCCUUGCCUAACCGGCGGGCGGGCACGCCAGCGCGGCGAAGCCGUGUCCGGUAAGGAACCGGUUGGCGCCAGGCCGGCCUCCCCUCCCCAAACCGCCUCUGCGCCGUCUACAAAAGGCGCCCCGGUGCGCCCUCUCCUCCCCGCGCUCCGGCCUCCUCUCUUCUCCUUUGGAGCUUUCGUUCCGGCCGCGCCUCCGCGCUCGAUCGCCCGAGUCGCCCCCUCGCGUCUCCUCCCCCUUGUCCAUCAAAUUCUCGAUUCGUUUCGAAUCGCGUUUGAUUUCGCUCCUCGUCGCCUCUGCCUCCUGUGCUCGCAGGGGAUUCGGCCCGUGUCGUCCGCCUCCGGGAUCGAUCGAUCGGGGAUUCCGUCGAGCUGGUCGGUUUUGCCUCUGCGUCUGAUUUGGUCUCGGGUGACCCCAGGGCCGAAGCAAGAUUUAUUUUGGCCUAAGGCAAUGCUGGUAGCGAGCCUGAAUCUGUCAAAAUCGUCUGGACUGGAUCUGGUAUGUGGAGAUCCAUGGGGUGUUGUAUGUCAAAGGGGAUUUGAGGCAGAUGCAGCAGAAGCAAGAGGGUAGUGGUUCUGCAAAGAUUAGUCAAAGAGUGGAGGAUAUACAAAUGGUUAGAUCUUUCCAGAGGACUAUGUUUUGGUGUUCAACUCCAACUUGUGAUGCGUUUUUGGAUGAUCUCAAAUUCUCGAUCAUUCUGACUUUUAACAUAUUGAUGCGUUUUUGGAUGAUCUCAAAUUCUCGAUCAUUCUGACUUUUAACAUAUUCAUUUGCGAAGUACAAUAAUUUACUCUCCAGAGGUUCUGAUUUGGAUUAUUACUAGAAGGGCCAGGCGUGCUUUGCUUUGCUGGUAAACAACAAAGAAGAAUCAAACAUGCCCUGUUGACAAAGUUUUAAGCAUCAAAUUGUCGCUAAAUUUCAUCUUUAUUUCUUACAUGAGUGACAAAGUACAUAACUCCCAACAAUUCUGAUAGUGAUCUGUUGAUGGUUGUCCAGAAAUUGGAAUUACACAGCCUAGUGGGAGGUCCUAUUUUGCAUCAGCAUGGCGGUUCCUUCUGUGGCUUAAACUUUUUCAACCUUAUUGAACUCUCAUGACAUUAGGUUUUCUCUGCCUUAGUCGGUAAUUCUCAUAUCUUGCAGAUACCGACAUAGAAAGGAUAUAACUGCAGUUUGGAACUGGUGGUGUUGUCGUCCGUCAACCAUAGCUAUACUUCCUAUCCGAGACAGUAUUACUUGUUCCAGCCCAUCAUUUGAUCCAUGCUUUAGCUAUUUAUAAGUAACAUUUCCCCUAACUGAAAAUUUAUGGAAAGGUCUCUUGCUCGUUGCAGGUUGUAGUUGACGAAACUCGAGCCCAACCUGAUGAUUAAUCUGUUUGCAGAUCUCCUAAAUCUACUAGUAUACCUUCAGUUCGUUGCAUCUUACAUAACCUACAAAUUAUCUUACUAGGUAAUAUUUUAUAAUACAGAUUCAUAUGCAAAGGUGCACGAAUCUAAGGAUAAUCCGAAGCUUUUGACUAAUGGCUCAUCCUACAACCGAAAGAAGACUCUUGCCAUCUUUCUUUUAAUUUCAUUUAGCUACUUGGCCAUGUCUUUGAUAUAGGGUUUUGCUCCUGCCCUUCCUGUGGUUCCUGCUUUUUUAGCCCAGACCAUGUGGGUAAUGACGCGGAAUCUGUUCUAAUAUUUUUGGUUUGCGAUCUAGCUCUCCGUUGUUCGAUUUGUUACCUUUAACUCUUGAUCCCUGUGUUCUAUUGGUCUUCUGCAAGUGUGGUUUGCAGGAUAUAAUAGCUUCGUCUCCCCAAAGCAAAAAUUCAUGAGAAGGUCUCUUGGUCGUUGCAGGUCCUAAUUGACUAUUUAGGUCCAACCUGAUGGAGUUAUCUGUUUGAAGAUCUUCUAAGCCCUACACCUUUGCAAUUCAUUGCAAUUUGUUCAACAUAUAAAUUAUCUUAUGGAGACAAUUUGAACAUUCAGAUUGAUUUGUUGGAUAGAUAGAUUCGAAGGUUUCUCUGGGGCUUCAGUCUAGAUGGGACAUCCUACAACCGAAAAAACUCGGUGCUCUCUACAACUGAAAAAUUAUCUUAUGCUGAGUAAUCUCCUGAAGAAACUUCUGUUGUCUUGGUUGCCUUUUGCUUGUAGCAUUGAUCAAACCAUGCUGGUAGCCAUUCAAAAUGUGUCACCUUUUUGGUUUCUGUUGGUCAUGCCUGCAUGGUUGAGGAUUCAUAAGUGUCUUGAGGCAUGACUGGACUGUUUGGUUCUCCUAUUUGAUUUCUCCAUGUGAGCAGUUUGGUUUCUGUUCUGAGUAUUAUUUGGAUUUUUGGUUGUUCUCCAGCAUUUGAGCCUAGGCUUGCCCGGACUACUUUUUGGCUCAAUAAUUGGAAUGGUGCUCUAGGAGAUUCUUCGUGAUUCGAUCUUGUCAGUAACUCCUAGUUCUAUGCAGAUGUGGCAUACAAUGAGGAUAAUUCAAACGAAUGUUCAUAACUUCGCUAAACCAGGCUUAUCCCUAUCUCCCUUGCUAUAUUUGUUCACAUGUUUUUGAUGUUGAACAGCUUUCUCCAAAAUGGUUAGGCAGUCUUAUGUUCAUUGCAGGUGUACUUGACAAUUUUACAAAAGAAAUCUGAUGUCAUGCUACGUGAUAAUUUGUUUGGAGACCUUCUGAUUUCACAUGAAAACCAAUUAGCUGUUUAAGUCUCGAGUAUUCAAACUGAUCCGCAGAGGUGAAGAGUUCUAAAAGCUUGUUUAGGAGCUUCUUUCUGGAUAGAGGAGGACUAAAACCAUAACACUUAUUUUGGUACAGAGGAAGUACCUAUGCUCCAUCCUUGUUUUGACUCAUUGUCCAGUUCUAAUUAUGGUCUGACUUUCCUUGAAGAAACUUUUAAGUAUGCCGAUUACAUUUGGGCUGUUCAUUAUUGAUAGGCACUGUUGGAGGUUUUAUUGGAAGAUUGUAGAGUUGGAAAUCCUAGCAAAACGUCAGUUGGUGGGGGUACUUGGUGAAGCAAAUGGAUCGUCUGCUUCCCGGACGGUUUGGACUUCUGAUUAAUCCUGAUCAUGAAGCAUAUUGCUUGAUUUGGUCUUUGUGGCAGCUUUCAGUUUGAACUUGAAUUCAGUGGUAGUUUGGAGUUAAUAGUGUGCACAUCUGAUUCUUCCAAUCGUCCUGAAGCAUCUUACUUGGUUUCUGUUAAUUGCCAUCAGUAUCUGCUUCAACUUGCAUGUGGAAUAUGAUCUAUCUUUUGCUCCGAAUCAACAAAAUGCUAGAAGUGUCUCAAACAAGGGUCCAACAAUGGAAAUAUCAGUUCAUACUCAAAGUUUGUAUAGGGGAUUAUCAAGUUUUGAUUUGGCUAUUAAUUACUACUUGGUUGCCUGUUUCCAGAAGUUGGGUUUUAAUAUUAGGCUACUUGUAUCUAUAAUUUUAUAUCUAGCAGCAAUAUCUUUAGCUGCAAAUUUAUAUCAUCUAAUACAUGUACAUGAGCUCUGUAUGCAGUAAAAGAUCUCCAUAUAUUUGUGGGGUCACA